CCUGAACUUGGAAAAGUGGAGGUGUUUGUGGGUGAACAAGCAAGAUCUUCAACAAAAUUAGAUUUAACAAAACUAGCAAUCGAAUCCUUCAAAUUAUAUGGAGAGCUAAGAGAUUGCUUAAACGUUCGAAUUUUACGUGCAAUGGAGGCUGGUGAUACUAGCUACAAUAUUCGUAUUGUAUUCGGUGUGUUAGAGCAAUCGUUCGAGAUGGGGAUGGUGUUUAUGUGGAAGGAUGGAAUAUACAUAUACGAAGAAUUUGGAUUGCUGCAAAAUUCAUACAAUGAAAUCAGGAAUUUUAAGAUUAUUAGAAUUUAUAUUGGUCAUAGAGAAGAUCGUUACAAGAAGAGUCGAAAAGAACAACAAUUUGAUCCUUAG